UUCCGGAUUAUUUAAUCCGUGUAUCCAAACAACCUGUUUGAACACCAUUUUUCUCCUCCGAGAAAUUCUCGACGAACAGGGCUUGCCAAGGAUCUGGGGCUCUGGGCGGUCUGCGAUUCGCUUGAACUGACUUGGAGCUUUGGAGACAUCAAUGGUGAGCCAAGGAAUGGUAUCUCUCGCAAAAUCUCUAUGUACAACAGUAACGGUGACUCCCCGAGUCCACCUGAAGAACCCUAAGAUGCUGCAGUCAACGAGGAAUCCCCGCUUGUUCACAUCUUGUCAUCUCCGUCUCAGAGAUUCUCGUGUUUUCUGCACAAAGUUGUCUCAGUGGGAAUCUUCACCCAUCAUUCGUGCUCCUGCAGAAGAAGCCGGUGGUGGUUUCUUGGAGAAAACCGAAAAUGUGUUCGAGUCUAUAAGGUCGGAGACGGAGGAUGAAGCUUCAUCAGCAGCUAGCAAAGCGGAAGAGGAUGUUGGUUCGGGAAGCAGCCAGAAUUCGGCUCAGUUUCAGGUUCUGAAAUGGCCAAUAUGGCUUCUGGGUCCUUCUGUUCUGCUCACAACCGGCAUGGCUCCCACUUUGUGGUUGCCGUUAUCGUCUGUUUUCCUCGGGCCGAACGUGGUUAGUCUGUUCUCCUUGAUCGGUCUUGAUUGCAUUUUCAAUCUUGGAGCAACCCUCUUUCUCCUGAUGGCUGAUUCUUGUGCCCGUCCUAAAGACCCUUCAGAAUCCUGCAAGAGCAAGCCUCCCUUUAGUUACAGAUUCUGGAAUACGUUUGCCGCUGUAGCAGGAUUGGUCGUGCCAUUGUUCUUUCUCAUCGCUUCCCAAAGAGGACUCGCCCUUCUCCAACCUCCGCUUCCCUUCAUCUCAUCGGGAAUAAUGUUCUUCCCGUACUUCAUUCUCCUGGCGGUUCAGAUGCUGACUGAAAUGCUGACAUGGCACUGGCAAUCACCGGUCUGGCUGGUCACGCCGGUUGUGUACGAGUCAUACCGGGUGCUGCAACUGAUGAGGGGUCUGAAGCUCGGCUCAGAGCUCAACGCUCCAGUGUGGGUGGUCCAUACACUCCGAGGUCUGGUCUCUUGGUGGGUAUUGAUUCUCGGAAUGCAGCUCAUGAGAGUGGCUUGGUUUGCCGGUUUUACCUCCCGAUCACGCCGGCAAAAAUCUCAUGCUUCUGAGUAAAACAUGUGUUCUUUGUUAUAGUUUAAGCCUGUCUGAAGAAUCAUACGGUGUCAAAACACAGCAACUGCAGCUUAUACUGUAUAGGUUUAUUGAUGACAAUAAUGGCCGCAACCAUGUUUUUCUUUCCUGUUUGCGGUUCGUGUUAUUGCGUU